UUGUACACAACGAACACAUUACAUUGCUACUUGCUACUUCACAAAUUAACUCCACUACCCUUCGCCCAUACCACCUCAACAUGCGCCUUGCUACUGUAGCUGCAUUCAGUAUCGGCAUUGCUGUUGCUACACCUAUAGACCUCGGGGAGACACGAUCCUUCCCACGUGAACAGCCUAGAGACAUCGUAACACACCAAGGCCUCGAAGGCCGUGUCAAACGUCUGCCUAACGGAGUAAGCCCGGAGACAGCAGGCUCAGUCUCAGCCUCAGAAAAACUGGAUUCAGACUCUGUCCAGACCAGCCCCAUCAAACGCCACAACGGCGUUCCUAAUAACAUCCUCGCAGGAGGAAUCCAACCAUCUACAGCGCUGCUCACCGCAGUCCCCGAGAUCAAGAAGGAAGCUUUUCCUGGUCUCAACUUCACCGAGUUCAUCAACUCGUUGUCGCUGCAAGGAGAUGGUCCUUCCAGUAUUUCCGCCGCUGAACUUGAAGAAUUGUCCUCGGAAAUAGGUGAGGCUGUGAAAAAGACUCUCCAAGAGCUGGAGAAAACGGGGCGUGUCUCGUACUAUGUUGUUAAUCCGUAUUGUAUUAUCAAGUCGUGUAAGGACCCGCCGGGUCAUCCUAGAGCACGAGACAUCAGCGGUAUGGACGCGAACCUCGUUCAGGUAGCUGGAAGUUCGGAGGGAGAAGGCAAAAGAAACUCUCUUCAAGACUGAUCUUUGUUCAAGAGUUGAGCAGGAGAACAGAGCGCAAUAUCGUGGAUUAUUGAUAGAAUCGUAUUGGACACUCGUUA